AUGAGCAGCAAUAACAGUGGUGUUUCUGCCGCCACGGGAGAGAUCGAUGAAAGUCUUUAUUCUCGUCAACUUUAUGUGUUGGGUAAGGAAGCUAUGUUGAAAAUGCAAACCUCCAACGUGUUAGUUCUCGGGUUGAAGGGGCUAGGUGUUGAAAUAGCUAAAAACGUAGUGUUGGCGGGUGUGAAGUCCAUGACCGUUUUCGAUCCUGAACUGGUUCAAUUGGCAGACUUGUCUACCCAAUUUUUUUUGACCGAGAAGGACAUUGGUCAAAAGAGAGGUGAAGUGACCAGAGCCAAGCUGGCGGAGUUGAACGCAUACGUCCCGGUUAAUGUGUUGGAUUCGUUGGAUGAUGUCACGCAAUUGAGUCAAUUCCAGGUCGUGGUUGCCACAGACACUGUUUCUUUGGAGGAUAAGGUGAAAAUCAAUGAAUUCUGCCAUUCUUCUGGCAUAAGAUUUAUUUCCUCGGAGACAAGAGGAUUAUUCGGUAAUACUUUUGUAGAUUUGGGUGAUGAGUUCACAGUGUUGGACCCCACAGGUGAAGAACCUCGUACCGGUAUGGUUUCAGAUAUCGAGCCUGACGGAACUGUAACCAUGUUAGACGAUAACAGACAUGGGUUAGAAGACGGAAAUUUUGUAAGAUUUUCUGAAGUGGAAGGUCUAGAUAAGUUGAAUGACGGAACCCUUUUCAAAGUUGAGGUUUUGGGGCCGUUUGCAUUCAGAAUUGGGUCAGUUAAAGAAUUUGGCGAGUACAAAAAGGGUGGUAUUUUCACCGAAGUCAAAGUACCACGCAAAAUCUCAUUUAAGACUUUAAAACAACAACUUUCUAACCCUGAAUUCGUUUUUGCAGAUUUUGCCAAAUUCGACAGAACGGCUCAAUUACAUUUAGGGUUCCAGGCUUUGCACCAAUUUGCCGUUAGACAUAACGGUCAGUUGCCGAGAACAAUGAAUAAUGAGGACGCCAACGAAUUACUGAAAUUGGUUACGGAUUUAUCCGCUCAACAACCAGAGGUUCUGGGUGAAGGCGUAGUUGUUAAUGAAGAUUUAAUCAAAGAGCUUUCUUACCAGGCAAGGGGUGACAUUCCCGGUGUUGUAGCCUUCUUCGGUGGUCUUGUCGCACAAGAAGUGCUAAAGGCUUGCUCUGGUAAAUUUACUCCGCUAAAGCAAUUUAUGUAUUUCGAUUCCUUAGAAUCACUACCAGACUCUAAGAAUUUUCCAAGAAACGAAAAGACUACACAGCCAAUAAACUCUCGUUAUGAUAAUCAAAUUGCCGUGUUUGGUUUAGAUUUCCAGAAAAGGAUUGCCAAUUCAAAGGUCUUUCUUGUUGGAUCCGGUGCAAUUGGUUGUGAGAUGUUGAAAAAUUGGGCACUUUUGGGGCUUGGUUCCGGUUCUGAUGGUUAUAUUGUUGUUACGGAUAAUGAUUCAAUUGAGAAAUCUAAUUUGAACCGUCAAUUCUUAUUUAGACCCAAGGAUGUCGGGAAGAACAAAUCUGAAGUGGCUGCAGAGGCCGUAUGCGCUAUGAACCCUGAUUUGAAAGGCAAAAUAAAUGCAAAGAUUGAUAAAGUGGGGCCUGAAACUGAGGAGACAUUCAACGACUCGUUUUGGGAAAGUCUAGAUUUUGUUACCAAUGCUCUAGACAACGUUGACGCAAGAACAUAUGUGGAUCGUCGCUGUGUGUUUUAUAGAAAACCACUGCUGGAAUCUGGUACACUAGGUACUAAAGGUAAUACUCAAGUUAUCAUUCCAAGACUGACUGAAUCAUAUUCUUCUUCUAGAGACCCACCGGAAAAGUCUAUUCCAUUGUGUACUCUACGUUCGUUCCCAAAUAAGAUCGAUCAUACUAUUGCCUGGGCUAAAUCUCUUUUCCAAGGUUACUUCACUGAUUCCGCUGAAAAUGUUAAUAUGUACUUGACGCAACCAAAUUUUGUCGAGCAAACUCUAAAGCAAAGUGGUGAUGUAAAGGGAAUUCUAGAAUCAAUUUCAGAUUCGUUAUCCAAUAGACCAUACAACUUCGAAGAUUGUAUCAAAUGGGCAAGAUUAGAAUUUGAAAAGAAAUUUAACCAUGAUAUCAAACAGUUAUUAUUCAACUUCCCAAAGGAUGCAAAGACUUCCAACGGGGAACCAUUUUGGUCAGGUGCCAAGCGUGCUCCAACACCAUUGGAGUUUGAUAUCUACAAUAACGACCAUUUUCAUUUUGUUGUAGCAGGCGCUAAUUUGCGCGCAUUCAAUUAUGGUUUAAAAAGUGAUGACCUUGAUUCUAAACCUAAUGUGGAUGAGUAUAAGUCUGUCUUCGAUCAUAUGAUAAUUCCAGAAUUUGUUCCAAAUGCGAAUUUAAAGAUCCAAGUGAACGAUGAUGAUCCAGAUCCAAACGCAAAUGCUUCUAAUGCUUCUGACGAAAUUGAUCAUCUGGCAUCAUCUCUCCCAGAUCCUUCCACUUUGGCAGGCUUUAAAUUGGAACCUGUAGAUUUCGAAAAGGAUGAUGAUACCAAUCACCACAUUGAGUUCAUAACAGCUUGUUCUAACUGCAGGGCUCAAAACUACUUUAUUGAAACAGCCGAUCGUCAAAAAACCAAAUUCAUUGCAGGCCGUAUUAUUCCUGCCAUUGCAACAACCACUUCUUUGGUUACUGGUUUAGUUAAUUUGGAAUUAUAUAAACUGGUUGAUAACAAGACGGAUAUUGAGCAGUACAAGAACGGUUUUGUUAAUUUAGCUUUGCCAUUUUUCGGUUUUUCAGAACCAAUUGCUUCACCAAAAGGGGAGUAUAAUAACAAGAAAUAUGAUAAAAUUUGGGACAGAUUUGAUAUCAAAGGAGAUAUCAAAUUAAGUGAGUUGAUUGAACAUUUCGAAAAAGAUGAAGGUUUGGAGAUAACAAUGCUUUCAUAUGGAGUUUCUCUGCUAUAUGCCUCGUUCUUCCCUCAAAAGAAACUGAAAGAAAGACUGAAUUUACCAAUUACUCAAUUAGUUAAAUUGGUGACUAAAAAAGAUAUUCCAACGCACGUAUCUACAAUGAUUCUAGAAAUUUGUGCAGAUGACAAAGAAGGUGAAGAUGUUGAAGUACCAUUUAUUACUAUUCAUCUAUGA